UGCAGCCAGUAUGGUCAAGAAUAUUUUCUGAGACAUGAAAAAACUGGCAAACGUUUCCAUAUACAUGUAUAUGUGCAUGACAACGAUGAUAGCCAUGCAUGUACAAUGUAUAAGCAUGUUUCCUGGCUCUGUGGUAUAAGGCUUGCACGGAAGCGGCACCGACUGCGCGGCAAAAGGUUUUGGAAGGAGAUUCCCUUUCUCUUUGAAAGUCAUUUCAAAAGAUGUACGUUUCAUUGAGGAAAAAAACGAAGAGUGCUCUUCAUACUAACAUUGACGGGUUGUUUAGGCUUGAUGAAUUUAUACCGUGCAUUGUGCUGUGGCCGAUACGACGGUCAACAACGACGGAUAUAUCAGGAACGGACCUCUACAUUUAGCUUAUUUCAAGCGAGAUAUGGGUCUAGAUUUACUACUCCUGAGUUAAUGGCGGCAGUUGGUAAACUGAAUGCAACGCUUUUAAAGUCAUGGUCAGGCAAUCAACAGGAGCUCGACACAUUUAGACAGUACCUAGUAUCAGCGCUGUGGAGAGAAGGUAAAACGUAUCCCUUUUACCUGACAAAAGCAUAUAUUAAAGUUGGAGACAGUCUGCCGUUUUACGGAAGCGGCCGACCACAGAAUGUAUCAGAAUCACUCUGGAGCAGUCUGCCGGAGACACCCAUUGUACGGUCUGACAGACGGUUCCAAACGUGCUCGAUUGUCGGGUCCAGUGGGAUUCUACUUGGGUCAGGCUGUGGCCACGAGAUCGACAAAGCAGAAUUUGUCAUUAGAUUCAACGUGGCUACGGUUAGCGGUUUCAAAGCAGACGUUGGUCGCAAGACGAAUCUCACCACGCUAAACCCUACUUACGUCCGAAAUAGGUUUGGGUCCCUGCAGUCCAAAGCAAACAUCAAAGCCUUCAAGGCGAAGAUGGAGCAGUUCCGGGGCCAGGGGAGCCUCCUCAUGCUCCCUGCGUUCGGGAUCAGUGGGUUUCAGAAGAUAUCGCUGAGGGUAGCCGAGACAUUAAGUGGAGGGGAUUUGAUGACACCGGUCUACGGAGACCCGAGGCACUUCUUGGCUGUCAAGUCGCUAUGGCAACCGAUUCUGAACACGAGGAAAUUACCAACCACAGGGUUGUACUUGUUGACAGCAGCGUUUGAGUUUUGUGAGCACAUCAACCUGUUCGGGGCCUGGCCUUUCGAGAAAUCUCCGGCGAACAGGAAUGUAUCGUAUCACUAUCACGACAACGUCACACAGUCUACAAAACACAACUUCCACGGCGAGUUCUGGUAUAUGCUCAAAAUGCACAAUUCGGGCAUCAUCAAAUUGCAAUACUCAGACUGUUUAUAGAAGAUAUCCAUUAUAGGAUAUCAAAAUUUAAUAUAGAGCUACAUAUAGCAACUUGGCAUUCCCGUUAUAAUGUCAGUUUUGCUUUUUAUCAAUGAUUUUACUUUACAACUCGUUUUAUCUGUAAAAAAAAUUAAAUAUUUUUUAAACAUAUAAAUAUUUUUAUUAAUGUUUUACGGAAGCCAACUUGUGUUAAAGGACCUCUUGUCAAAA